AUGAGAUUUAAUAGAAAUGCUACUGCUCUCCGCCCUGGGAUUUUCGCCAUACGAUUUGUGCUCAAAGCAAUGACAAAUCCUCACGAAGAAGCUAAAACCCAGCAAAAUACUGACGAAGACCCUGCUGAAGAGCAUGCGAUCCAGCAAGCUCCUGUCAAAGCACCAACCGCCACGAAGAAACAAGGUGAACGCAAGAAGAAAAACAAACGACAAAGGGUGGAAAAAGAACAAGACGAUACCAACAACAAAGGUUCAGAUACCAAUGAUGACGACGAUGACAGGGAACAUGAUGCAGAUUUCAUUCCUACAGACGGCGAUGAUGCCGAAGAGCAUGACAACGACGCAGAACAUGACGACGAUAACAAAUCAGGACAGAAGGACAGAAAGAGGAGAAAGACAAGCGGAAAAGAAUUGGCAGCACCAACAGUUGAUGAAGAACAACAAGAAACAAACGAAGAGAAAUGCCAAAUCAAGGCAGGGGCAGCAUUCGCUCAUGUCAAGAAAGCAUGGAAUUUACUCAAAGACCGUCACAAGCAAGAUAUUAGGACGGCAGGAUUUGGCAGCAUAGAGAACUGCAAAAUAACAGGCUCCAUCUGCAGACCACUUGCAGCACACAUCUACGACAACCUGGACACAGAAAGCAUGACAAUAACCUUCGGUGAUGGUACCGAAGACAAGAAAAUCAAGAUUACCAAGGAAGCUAUACACAAGGUGUUUGGAUACCCAAACGGCACGGAAAAGUCAGCACCAAGGCCAGCGAAGAGCCCAACUUCAAUGAAAGAACUGAUGUCAGACCUUGGCUUCAAACAUACAGAUUUCAAGCCAAAAGAACUGUUCACGGAGCUAAAAAAAUUGGUGGAACUAGAUGACGAACAGUCAAACAGGAAACCAGUUAAAAUAUUUUUCCUUAUUUUUUUCCACAACGUUGUCUGCGGGUCAAGCGCCGCUAUCUUCGCCCGACAAGCUAUAAUGGUAGAGGACAUGGACUAUCCAGAGAUGGCAAAGAUGGAUUUCUGCGAGGUAAUCGUCGAAUGUAUUAAGGAAGGAGCCAAGAUAUGGCAGAAACACAGAAAUUUGCCUCAGGAAGAAAAGAACAAAAAGCAUGUCAAUGGUUUGGCACAGGGGCCAGUAAUCAUGUACCUCGACUCCCUGCUGCUGCCAACUGACACAAAAGAAAUGCGGAAGAUUGCAAAGACAAUGGACAAGACCUCAUUACCACGAGCAAACCAUCUCAAAGAGAGUGACCUAGCAAAAAUAGCUAGAGCAGACAUGAAAAGGGACGGAAAAGCACGACCAGAUGACUAUGAAUUUGGCAAAAUACAGGAACGUACCAAUAGCACGCCAGGCCAAGAUGAACUCCAACAGCAGGAUGGUGUCAACAACCCCAAAAACACGAAUGACCGGAACAAACAAAGCAACCUCACAACAGACAAUGCUACAACAACAACUACCCCAACACAAGCACAAGAUACGAUCGACGUCAGAACCUGUGAAGAGGCUCAGCUGAAGAACAAUCAAGUCAGCAGCCCCGCCAACCAAAUGCAAGAGGCUAACCCACAAUCAACCAUUAGCAUAACAAACGACAAAGAAGAAGAAAACAACAAAGAGGAGAUCACCACCACGAGUACAAAGGAGAAAGCCCAAGACAUCCCAGCCGAUGAGAAACAAGAGACUAUUAUACCUGACAAACAAACAGUAGAUGCAGGCACGAAUAACCCAGUCAUCAACACGGAGGAAACAAACGAGUACGCUGAUCUCGAAGAUCAAGAACUUCAAACAACAACAUCUGAAGAGGAAGAGGAAGCAAGCAAAAGCACUGGCAUAGACAUUCAACAAGAAAAACUAGAGGACAACACGAGACAAGGAGAAGCCGUAGUACAAGCAGUAGACAGUCUUGCAACUCCAGAGAUAGAGAGAGAGGAGACCAAUGAGCAAAAGGAGGGCACUGAGGAAGGGAAACAUGUUCUUCAAAAGGCAGACAUCAACAAACACGAAGAAGGCGACCACGGAGAUAUAAGCAAUGAAGCAGACACACACAUUGUUCCAGAGAAAGAAGCAGAAACCAUCGAAGAAAACCCUACAACGUCGUACGAUGCCAAUUCCCCUGACAGAGAGGUCAGUGCCAACCAGGUCGAGACUGAAAAACAAGACGGAAAAGACCACCAGCAAGACACGACGGCUGACAAGGAAAAACAUGAUGCUAAGAAAGACACAGACGACUCAAAUGAGGAUGGAGCAGAAACUGAACAAAAGGGUACAACACAAAAAGAAGAACAUAACAUACCGCAAGAAGCAGAAGGAGAACAAGAAAGGAACAACACUGGACAUGACAUAUCUUCUAGCAUCGAAGCAGGCACAAUGGAGAAAGGGGACAAAGAUAGUGAUUCCGUCAACAAAGCCAUCGAAGACCUGUGCAACGGUGUAUGCAAGCCAUGGACACAGAGAGAAAUGGAUGAGCUUUUCAUUACAACGAACAAGUUUGAUGUAAAUCUAGGCCAUGUCGCCGAAAGUUUCAAGGUCGGCAAAUCAGUACGCACCGAAGCAAUCGAGCCCAUGCUAACAAUCUUGAGAAAACAACUAAAUGGCCCAGGGAGAAAGAUUCUGUCGUUAAGCAACACUCGUCCCCCGGGGUGCGCGCGAAGCUCUGCCGGCGUCGCCGGUACGCCCUGCGUGGGGAAUCCAUCCGCGGAGAUCCUCCACGGCCGCGGCAGCUUCGCCGCCGGCGACACGUAG